AUGAGCGAGAGGAAGUUUACGCGUGGCCUGGGGAAACCCGGCAUGGCGGCGCAGCUGCGGGAAACCGUGUCGCAGGUCGUCCGCGAGAGCACCGUGCAGAAUAAGCCACACUUGGUUGAGCCCAUUGACUUCGAAGCUUUCGUGCUGAAGAAUAAGACAUUGCUGCAAAAUGAUCCUCAGCGAGAGCUGUUGCUGUAUCCUCAGGACGAUACUUCUCAAGUGGUUUUGCCAAGAAGAUACCGUACCGUGGUACCGACAGCACAGCACAUUACAGAAUCUGAGGAAUGUGCGGAGAAUCUCCUGACAAAGGAGUGCUUACGCAGUUAUAUAUGCAAUUGGAACGUUGUGCAUUAUAAAUACGCGGCGUAUAGCGGAAGUUAUCUCGAAUUGCCAAGAAUAGCGAAGGCGGAUGAUCUGAAAGACGAAGUGUACGAAAUCGAUACCGAGGUUGAUCAAGUGGACGAGGACUUGACAAAGAACGACGGUAUAACAAGGGAGGGUUAUUUGAUGAAAGGUCCCGAGAUUGGCAGUACCGACAGGAUGUUCGCUCAUAUCGGCUCGAAAUCGUUCAAGAGACGUUUCUGCCACCUGAGGCAGGAGGUUGACGGCACUUAUAUCCUCGAAUUCUUCAAGGAUGAGAGGAAAGGCGAGGCGAAACUGACGAUAGUCAUGGACUUUUGCACGGAAGUCGUUAGAAAUCCAAAACGUGGUAGAUUCUGCUUCGAGCUACGAAUGAGCGACACUCACAAGUCUUACACUCUAGCCUCGGAAAAUGAGGCCGACAUGCAGGAUUGGUUAUUGAAACUUAGCUACGUGUUGCAACAUUACAAGCAGCAGGAGGAGAAACGUGCCGCAUCGCUGGAGAGAGCCUGUAACACGCCUCCGCCGUCGCCGCAACCGAUGCAGGUUUACGGCACGCUGAAGGGCCUCGAGCAGAGUAUGAAUCCACAACUGAUCAAGUACUCCAGGGAGACCGACACCAGCAUUGCCCUAGCGAGGAGAGAGAACAGAAAAAGACUGUUCAGCGUGUAUCCCCACAUACCGCACGCCAAGACGCACGCGGGGCAAUUCGUCGAUCACAACAUAGACCCUUACAAGGAGCAGUUCAGUCAUCGGAUCUUGGUCAAGUGUGAAAGCCUCAAGUUCAGACUACAAGCGCCCAUCGACGAAAAGGAGUCGCUCUGCCAGGUGGAACCUUAUCACACGACACUGAGUCUUUUCGACGCCAGGAAUGGCAGGAAGCUGUCGGAGAAUUUUCACUUCGAUGUCAACCAUGAGAUGGUGCGGGAUAUGGCGAAGGAAUUGAGUCCCAUGGGGAUCACGACCGAAACGGAGGAUACUGCUCUUCCCGGGGAAUUGAAAAACGUUCCCGCAGAUUGGAUCAAAUAUCCGAAGCAGGCUAUAUUCAACAUCAGCAAUCCUCAUCCGGACAUAUUCAUCGUCGUGAGAAUAGACAAGCUACUACAGGGAAACAUAUAUCAGACUUCAGAGCCAUAUUUGAGAGCCACGAAGGAUCCAAGAUUGGGUUUGAAAGUGCACAAACAGGUCCGAGCGUGUUGCCAAAGGCUGGGAAAUUAUAGAAUGCCGUUCGCGUGGACUGCGAGGCCACUGUUUAGGUUGUAUAGCAACGAGCUGGAUACUUCCUCAGAUUUCCCAGCGAUAUAUAGGCAAGAAGGCAAUAAGAUAAAGGAUGAGGAGUUGCUAAAACUUCUGUCGGAAUACAGAAAGCCUGAGAAGCUUAGCAAAUUGACUGUGAUACCUGGUUGGCUGAAAAUCAAGAUAGAGCCCAUCACGGACAUUCCUGAAAAUACGUUGUCGACGUGCCUAGCACCGUUAAAGCCGUUUCCGAUACCUCCGACGACGGAGCCGACGGUCGAAUUCGCGGAGUUCGAGGGCACUUCCGAGAAGGAUGUGCAUCCGUACACUACGUAUAUCAAUCACCUGUACGUGUAUCCGCAGACGCUCUCCUUUGACACGCAGAAGAUAUUCACGCGCGCUAGGAACAUAGCGUGCAUCGUCGAGCUUCGUGACGACGACGGCGAGAACGUCGCACCUUUACGGGCGAUCUAUGGUAGGCCAGGAUCGCCGUUGCUGUGCCUGCGAGCAUCGUGCGCAGUCCUGCAUCACAACGCAGUGCCUUCUUGGUACGAAGAGAUCAAGAUGAAGCUGCCGACGAAGCUACACGCGAAGCACCACAUACUCUUCUCGUUCUUCCACAUUAGUUGCGACAUGAAUAAGAAGAAGGAGAACGGCGUUGAGAAUUGCGUCGGUUACGCAUGGGCACCGUUGCUGCACAAGGGAAGAUUGAACGUGGACAUAGAAUCGAGUAUCCAAGUACUGCCCGUAGCGACGCAUUUGCCAUCCGGGUACCUUUCCAUACAGCCCCUUGGAUUAGGGAAAGGGAACGCAGGACCAGAAAUCACCUGGAUCGAUUCUCAGCGGCCAAUCUUUACGGUGUCCUUUCAAUUAAUUUCAACAGUGUUCACGCGGGAUCUGCAUCUGCACAAUCUAUUCGUCCACGCUGAGCGCAUCCUGGACACGAAGCCAUCUACAACGCCGUCGGAUUCGGAGACCUGUAAAAUCCUGAAGGCGGCACACGCGGUCCAAUUAGUUACCGUUAUCACGUUUCUUCCUACUAUACUGAAUCAGCUGUUCGUGCUGUUGACAUGCAACACCAGCCAAGAAGUCGGGCUGUACGUGAUCAGAGUCUUGAUACAUUUCAUAAACAUGGUGCACGAAGCCGGGCGCAAGGAAAUUCUGCAAGCAUACAUCAAGUUUGCGUUUGUGCUGCCUCCUCUGCGAAAUGGCAACGUUACUGUUCACGAACAACUGGCGAAGCACCUACCGACUCUGCUGCAACCGAGCAACACUGACUUUCUGGUCGUAAACAAGUUCAUGCAUCACUCGAGUUUCUUCUUCGAAAUAAUGAUCAAAAGUAUGGCGCAGUAUUUACUCAAUACUGGGAGGAUAAAGAUGCAUAGAAACGAACGAUUUUCGAAAGACUAUCACGAAAAGAUAAAGGCAUUGCUGGAAGUGAUUAUGCCGUAUCUGAUGACCAAGUACAGAGAAAUGCCAGUGGAGACGCACGAAUUGAACAAAAGCUUGGCACAAUUUCUAAAGCGAUGUUUAACGUUCAUGGACCGCGGCUUCGUAUUUCGCCUGAUCAAUUCCUACCUGGACAACUUUUCGCCCGGCGAUCAACGCACGCUGCACGAUUUCAAGUUCACCUUCCUGCAGAUCGUCUGCUCCCACGAGCACUACGUGUCGUUCAACUUGCCGAUGAUGCAGUCGCGUAUUACUUCCAGAGAUACUGACAAUGACACUGAGAGUGAACCAGAACGCGAUGAUUUGAUGAACGAGUACUGCCUUACGGAGGAAUUCUGCAAGCAUCACUUCCUGGUUGGUCUUCUGAUGCAAGAGGUUCGCACUUCUCUCAACGAAAUCGUGCAAAUUCGUAAGGUGGCCAUAGGCACUUUGCGGGAUCUAAUGGCCAAACACGAGUUAGACGACAGAUAUCAGAAUAAGGGUCAGCUAAGUAGGAUAGCAGCGAUUUACAUACCCUGGCUUGGUUGCGUCUUGGAAAAUCUGCAUCGACUGCAGUCCGUGCAGGAGAACGAGAUCAAGACGGAGAUCAAACAGAACGGCACGAACAGGGUGUCGACCAGCAGCUCGUUCCUGACGGCGAAGGAUUCUUCUAUUAGCGGUACAACUGCGGGCACGCCAAGGUCGCUUCACAGACUGACUCUUCACCUGGACACGCAUUGUCAGUCACCCGUAAGAACGUCCAUGCAUCUGCGGGACUCCACUUACUUCGCUGCCAUCGCGGGUCAAGGAUUGAUGAACGGAUACUCGUGCACCAGCGUCGAAUCCGACACGUCGACCGUGUCCGGUGCGUCUCAGUCCAACAUUUCCCAGGAGACCACCAUCGUCAGGGAACUGCUGGAGAACGGGACCGGCGAGAGGAAGAGGCACUCGCGCACUCUAAGCGUGACGCAGUCAUCACCCAGAUGCGACAAGUUGCAGCCUUCGGAAGUUAAGGAUAUACUACUCUGCUUUCUGUUUAUCGUCAAAUACCUCGGCGAUCAUCAAGUGAUUGCCUGGUGGCAGCAGUGCAACGAUUCGGAGAUACUGAGCUUCUUCACGGUGAUCGAGAUGAGCUUGCACCAUUUCAAGUACAUCGGAAAGAGGCAGAUAGCCGCCAACGCCGCGAGCACCAUUGGAAAACCCCGUACUGUCAAAGCGAUGACUUUACCCGCCAGAAUGGCGCCGCCGGAUUUUACUACUGACAAUCCCGCUACCGGCACGCUACAACCUCACAAUACAGCUACCAGAGAAAAUCUGGUUGAAAAUGACAGCGGCAAGGUGUAUCAAAUUCUACUGGAGGCGAACAUGGCAACGGAAGUCGGCCUUAUCGCUCUGGAUUGCCUAGGACUCUUCUGUAUCCAUUUUAAAGAUAUUCUUUUGGCGAGUGAGGGCGACAAUCCAGUAAUGCAAAAGUUCUUCAACAUUUAUUUAUCCUUUCUUCAAGUCGGCCAGUCGGAGACUUUACUACGUCAUGUUUUCGCUGGGCUGAGAGCUUUCUUGAACAACUAUUCUGUCGCGCUUUUUCAAGGCAAUGCCGUGCUUUGCGGGCGCUUGUGUUACGAGCUGCUGCGUUGUUGCAACAGCAAGUUGAGUUCCAUUCGGCAGGAGUCCUGCGCUUUGCUGUACUUGCUCAUGCGAAGCAAUUUUGAGUUUACCAGUCGGAAAGGAUUGACCAGGGUGCACUUGCAGGUGAUAAUUUCGGUCUCCCAAAUGUUGGGAAACGUAAUCGGCUUGAACAAUUCACGGUUUCAAGAAUCGCUGUCGCUGAUCAAUAGCUAUGCCUCCUCCGACAAGGUUAUGAAGGGUACGGGCUUCCCGGUGGAAGUGAAGGACCUCAACAAGAGGAUACGAACGGUCCUGAUGGCAACCGCGCAGAUGCGCGAACACAAUAACGACCCUGAGAUGCUGGUCGAUUUGCAGCACAGCUUGGCCAACUCGUACGCCAGCACGCCUGAACUGAGGCACACCUGGCUGGAGACGAUGGCCAGGAACCACGCUCGAGACGGCAACUUCUCGGAGGCUGCUUGCUGCCAAUUGCACAUCGCGGCGUUGAUGGCUGAAUAUCUGAAACUGCGGAAGGUCCAUUCGUGGGGAGCAGAGGCUUUCGAUCAGAUCUCUGUGAACAUAUCGAAAGACGAGCGCAACCUUAAGCUCGAUGCUGGUGAGAUUUGCGUUCAAGAUAUUCAUUACAAUGGGAGCCUGCUUCUGGAACAGUUGGAGAUUUGCGCGGAUACGUUGGAGAAAGCCGAGCGUUUCGAGUUGCUUGGACAUUUGUACCGUCUGAUAGUUCCUAUGUACGAAGCGAGGAGAAAUUACGAAGCUCUGGCGAACUGCUACUCGCAUCUGGCGCAAGCUUGUAACAAAAUCGUAGAGGUCACGCGAACUGGCAAGAGAUUGCUCGGCAGGUUUUACAGAGUGGCGUUCUUUGGCACGGCAUACUUCGAGGAGGAAAACGGUCAAGAAUACAUUUACAAGGAACCGAAAGUGACAUCGUUGUCCGAGAUAUCAGAGCGUCUGUUGCGUCUGUACAGCGAAAAGUUCGGGUCUGAGAACGUCAAGAUGAUAAUGGAUUCUGUGCCGGUUGACGUGAGUGAAUUGGACCCUAAGGUAGCGUACAUUCAAGUGACUCACGUCACGCCGUACUUUGAGAAGUCCGAGCUGGAAAUACGGCAGACGGAAUUCGAGCAGAAUCACAAUGUAUCUUGCUUCAUGUUCGAAACACCGUUCACCAAGGAGGGCAAAGCAAGGGGCAAUCCGGAAGAUCAGUGGAAAUCCAGGACUAUUCUCACAACGCAAUAUGCUUUUCCGUACGUGAAGAAACGAAUUAGCAUCGCCGAGAAACGCAUAGGGGAACUCAGUCCUAUCGAAGUUGCUUUGGACGAAAUGAGACAACGUGUUCAGGAGUUGGAAGACGUGGCUUUGAUCGGACCAACGGACGUAAAGAAAUUACAGUUACGUCUUCAAGGCAGCAUUUGCGUAACGGUGAACGCCGGUCCUCUGGCUUACGCCUCCGCGUUCCUGGAUCCCGCGUUGUCUCCGCAGUAUCCCGACGACAAGGUAGAGGAGCUGAAAGAUGUUUUCAGGGAGUUCGUCAAAAUAUGUUACACAGCGUUGCAAAUCAAUAGCAAACUAAUCACACCGGACCAACACGAAUACCAGGAAGUAUUGCGUGAAAACUACCAGAAAUUGUGCCAGAACCUGUCGUCCUUGUUCGGGGAACCAAUAUGGCCUGACGAGCAAGUGGGAAGCUUCAAACGUAAUAGCGCUGCUUUAUUCAGUGCCAUCAGCGGCGCUAACAGCCACACCAGUACAGCCUAAGUCAAUAAUCCUAGAAUAUUCAUCCAACAAGACCUCUCUUUCUCUCUCUCUCUCUCUCAGAUUAUUUUACCCGGUUUUUUAGAAUAAUAUGUGUAAGGACCUCCAAAGUAUUAAGCUCGAGAUACUUGUAUCCUAAAUUAACGACUUGUAUCUAUUCUUCUGAUCACCUUUAUAAGUGUCACAUUUAUAAGCCUGUGAUUAGGUAACUGCACCAAUUUUUCAACUUCUGGAAGCCUAACGGAAGACUUUCUGAUCACUGCCAAGUUUUUUAGACGGAGUUUACGUCCUAGGAAGGUCCUGAUUAUAAUAUCCAUGAUAUGAAUGGAUUAUAGUUGUUUAUAGCUGUUAAACUAUAUAAGGAUUCAACAAAGUCAAUGAACCGCUUUCACUUACUAAGCCUACGAUGUUGAUGUGUAGUGUAGAUAAAUCAAGAUUUAAUUGCUAGAAUAAGUUCGGAUGUCAAAGAUCCACCAGGGCAUUUGUAUAGGAUAUUUAUGGCGAGUAAAAAAAUAUUUUAUCCCUCAGUUCUUUCACCAUGAGUAAUGUUAGUCCGCGAGAUAUUCAUAUUGUUUUCAUGAACUGCAUCAUGUAAUCGUCUUUAACUUUAUUUAGAAAAUUGUAUCCUUAUUUACGCCAGAGAAAGGAUACAAGAUCUAGCGAUACGGAGAGAAAAAUGGUUUCGCAAUGCUCGAAGAGCGUUAAUCUCUAAUCAUGUCUCGAUUUUCUGUUAUAUAUUUUUACUCGAUGUUUGUAACAAAGUGGGUAGAGAAUAUCUAAUUGUUGUUUUUACUUGAAGAUUAUUUUAUUAUGAAUUUAGCAAAUUUAUGCGUGCAAAUUUCUGCAAGCGUGAGAGGUGUAUGAAUAAAUUUUUCUAUUCAAUGUAUGCGCCGCGAUAUGUAUGUAUAGUAUCGAUAAAUUAUCGUGUGCGUAUUGAAUCAUGUCGCCGGGAGUGACGGACCAACUCCGAAUUGAUUUUGGAUGUCUCGUACAAUAUAGAUGCGGAUGCUUCCAGACUUAAGACUUCUAACAUCGCAAGAUAAAUUCACUGUAUAUCUAUGUAGUUGUACGUUCGUACACGCACAAACGUCAAUGCAUUCGCACGGACGCAGCCGCAGAGAUGUUAGAGAUUAGGUAUACUAAGGAUUGGCAAUUCUCCUUCCUCCUUCAAUUGUGCCGAUAUUAUACAAAUUGUGUCGAUAGAAGAUCGUAACUGAAAGUGUAACGUUCUGUCCGAGAAUGCUUUACGCCUCCCGUGGCAAAAAGCAGUAUUGUAAUAAAGCUAACAGAUGCCCACUUUUUAUAAAUUUUAUGUUUCGUAUGCACUUAUGCACGUGCAUUUAUAUGACUGUAGAUACAAAAUGUGCAAGUUUUGAUAUUGUAUAUCGAUAAAUAAUAAAAACAACAGGAUGAUAUAUUAAAGAGUGUGAGAAACGA